GGGUCUGCGGGGGGGCGUGGUCUCGACGCUCCUCGCCUGGUUCAAUGUGUUUUUCCUCCACGACGGUGAUACGUGGCCGUUUUGGGGGAAAGUGGCGGUGGGAGCAGCAGCUAACAGCGGACGGCCCCUGCCCCCUCAGCAGCUGCGGGUCUGGAGCAGCUCAGCGGCGCAGAGCCUCGCCUCCAUCGAACCGGCCUGGAUGGCAGGGACACACCGGUGCGAAGACUGUCGACGUCACAAGGUGCAGGAGAGGCCUAUCUGCCUGAAAGUGUACUUCUCUUACAGCAUUACUGGUUGCUAGUGCUCUUCGGACCGUGGGACGGAUGAAAGGUGGAAGCUUCCUGAGGCCCAGCUGGGCUGUAGCUGCUCUGUUUAUCCCAGUUACUCUGCUGAUGCUGACCUCCAGUGGGGCAUCAAGUAGACAUAAGAUGUCACAAACCGCUAUGGCUCAUGCAACAGCCACGGCUGCAGGACCAGGGCAGGGCCUGACAGAUAUCCUCCCAGGCCUCCAGGCAGUAGCAGACUUCUUAGGGAGCGAACAGGCUCAUGUUUGGUUCCUCUCCCUGGUGGGCUCUGUUGCUGUAGGCCUCAGCGGGAUAUUCCCCCUGCUUGUCAUUCCCAUCGAGGCUGGAGCAGCUCUCAAAACAGAAGCUGGAUGCCAGAAGCUGAGGCAGCUAUUAAGCUUUGCUAUUGGUGGUCUCCUUGGUGAUGUAUUUCUUCACCUCCUUCCGGAGGCGUGGGCGCUCUCUGGCUCUUCAGGUGGUAAACGAAACCACUACAUGACCCAGGGCUUGUGGGUUAUCGUUGGCCUGUUGGCGUUCCUACUCCUGGAGAAGAUGUUUCCUGACCAAGACAGCCUGGAGGAUCCCACUUCGAACUCUGACCUGAAUUUUAACUGUCCUGCUCCGUCUAAUUCGGUUUUCAGUGAAAAGGCAGUGGUAUCACUCAAAAAUGGGCACCAUGCUGAGUCAUGGAAAUCCUCCAAGCAACAGAGUGUGCAGGGAAGAUCAGAGAAAAUAAAGACAAGUGGAUAUCUGAACCUACUGGCCAACUGCAUUGACAACUUCACUCAUGGACUGGCAGUAGCAGGGAGUUUCCUGGUUAGUAAAAAGGUUGGCUUUCUCACCACCUUUGCCAUCCUACUCCAUGAAAUCCCCCAUGAGGUGGGAGACUUUGCCAUUCUGCUGAGGGCCGGGUUUGACCGGUGGAGUGCUGCUCGUAUGCAGCUGUCCACAGCGCUGUUUGGGGUCUUGGGGGCUUGCUUUGCUCUGUGCACUCAGUCACCAAAGGGCACAGAAAAUGCCACAGUCUGGAUUUUGCCUUUCACUUCUGGAGGAUUUCUCUACAUAGCCCUGGUAAAUGUUGUGCCUGACCUGCUGCAGGAGUCCAGUUUAAGGAACACAAUACUGCAGAUCCUGCUCAUUAUCUGCGGCGUGGCGGUCAUGGCUCUGCUCUCUGCAAUUAUUGACUGAACAUGGAGGCCUUACCAAACACUAAAACUCACCACCGGAGAGAAAAUCCAGUUCUCCACCGACCCCCACGUAUCUGGUACCUCUCACUCUUAGAAAAGUUUUUGAUCAUGACACCACUCCUCUUUGAUAUCAUCGUCAUCAUCAUCAUCAUGUUACACUAAAACAAAUUGUCUGACAAAAGAACAGCACUUUAUGGAUGGAUGACUGAAAGGACAACCUCGAUCUGCCCACAGGACAUUUGUUUGAACACUUCAAAAUGUUCCACACUUAAAAAUCAAAGGAAUUAAGAGGGUUUCUUUUGAUAUGUCACCAAAUUGUUUUAUAUUGUUGACAAUCUUGUUGCUUUGCACAUUUACACAGGUAUACCGGACGUACCUGCUCAACAGAACAGGUGUUACUGGACCGCCGCCUCCAAAAUUAAUGGAACCCUAGGUUGUUUAAACAGUGUUUAAACAGAUUCUUACUGUUCUCGAGUUUCUGAUGUAGCUGCUGCGUAUUUAUUAAAAAAGAGACAAACAACCAAAAAAAACAAGUUUUACGAGAGGUUUGCCACAAUCACCAUAACGCCACAACCUUGUCUAAUGAAGAAAUAAGUGCCAAGGAGUCAAAAUGGGCUGUUGCAUUAGUGUCUGCCCCCCACGGUGUUUCUCAUUCACACACAGUACAGUCUGUACCUGUUGGUGCUCUUACAAAGCUCUGCUUAAAUUACGACUGUGACAAAGUCGCAGAUUGCUUCCGUUUGUAUUCAGUUUGCUUUCAAGUUUGUUACCAAGAGCUCUGAGUCAUUGGACAGAUAACAACUCUUCAUCUUGCAGGAUCAUUGAAUGUCAUUAUAUUUUAUUAUAUUAUUUGCUGACUCGCCUCUUGGUGAAAGUUUCCUCCCCUUGAAGAAAUAAAGUUUAAAUUUCUAUAUAA